AUGGUUGGGUUAGAGAUCUCGAAGAAAUCCGACAGUGACUCGAUCAAGAACAACCGCUUAUCAGAUGCGGUCAUCAAUCUAGAUCAGGGAGAUCCGACGGCGUUCCAAGAGUAUUGGAUGAAGAUGAAGGACAGGUGUACGGUGGUGAUACCAGGAUGGGAUAUGAUGAGUUACUUCAGCAACACGACAGACGUGUGUUGGUUCCUAGAGCCAGAGCUUGCCAAGGCGAUCAAGGCGUUGCAUGGUGCGAUCGGUAACGCAGCGACUGAGGAACGCUACAUCGUGGUGGGGACUGGCUCAUCGCAGCUUUGCCAGGCCGCUUUGUUUGCACUUUCGUCGCUCUCUGAGGUCAAACCUGUUAGCAUCGUCGCGGCCACACCUUAUUACUCCACAUACGUGGAGGAGGCAUCGUAUCUUCAAUCAAAGCUGUACAAAUGGGAAGGAGACGCAAGGACGUUCGACAAAAACGGACCGUACAUCGAGAUGAUGACGUCUCCGAACAACCCUGACGGCACCAUCAGAGAGCCGGUGGUGAACCGUAGCGGGAAAGUGAUACACGACUUCGCGUAUUACUGGCCACACUACACUCCCAUCACUCGCCGUCAAGACCACGACCUCAUGCUCUUCACCUUCUCCAAGAUCACUGGCCACGCUGGUUCUCGCAUCGGGUGGGCGUUAGUGAAGGACAUAGAGGUGGCUAAAAGGAUGGUGCAGUACCUAACAAUCAACUCCAUUGGUGUGUCUAAGGAGUCACAGACUCGAGCCACCACGAUUCUCAAUGAAAUCACCAAAAUCUGUAGGAACAAAUCGGAGAGCUUCUUCGAGUAUGGUUUCGAGAAGAUGAAGUCACGGUGGGAGAGGCUACGAGAGGUCGUUGAUUCCGGUGACACAUUCACUCUACCUAAUUACCCUCAAGCCUUUUGCAACUUCUUUGGCAAAAGCAUAUCCAAUUCUCCUGCGUUUGCAUGGUUAGGGUGUAAAGAGGAGAGAGAUCUUGGAAGCCUCUUGAAGGAGAAUAAGGUUUUGACGAGAGGAGGAGACCGAUGUGGCUGUGACAAGAAGUAUGUUCGCGUGAGCAUGCUUAGCCGCGAUGAUGACUUUGAUAUCUUUCUCCAUAGACUCGCCACCAUCAAGGAUCUCAAAUGCAUCAAGCCUUAA